GUGUGCCCGGGGUUGUGAAGGAGUUACGUAAACAAACUACAAUUCCCCGCGGCCCGCGUGCCUCACAGGUCAGGGCUAGGCUGGGACUGGGUUCGCGGUGCUUGGUGAGGCGACGACGGCGGCGGCGGCGGUAGCUACGGCUGGCAGAGCCGGGCCGAAGCCCGCGGCAGAGGCCGUGGCUGGCGCUGGGAGGGUGGCGGGUCAGAACGGGGAGGAAGAUGGCGACCUCGGGGGCGAACGGGCCCGGCUCCGCCACGGCCUCGGCUUCUAAUCCGCGCAAGUUUAGUGAGAAGAUCGCGCUGCAGAAGCAGCGUCAGGCGGAGGAGACAGCGGCCUUCGAGGAGGUGAUGAUGGACAUCGGCUCCACCCGGCUACAGGCACAGAAGCUACGACUGGCCUACACACGAAGCUCCCAUUAUGGCGGUUCCCUGCCCAACGUUAACCAGAUUAGCUGUGGCCUGGCCGAGUUCCAGAGCCCCCUCCACUCACCUUUGGAUUCAUCUCGGAGCACUCGACACCAUGGACUGGUGGAGCGGGUACAGCGAGACCCACGGAGAAUGGUGUCUCCACUUCGUCGUUACCCCCGUCACAUCGACAGCUCUCCUUACAGCCCUUCCUACUUGUCUCCUCCCCCGGAGUCCGGCUGGCGGAGGACGAUGCCAUGGGGCAAUUUCCCUGCAGAGAAGGGACAGUUGUUUCGACUACCAUCUGCACUUAACAGGACAAGCUCUGACUCUGCCCUUCAUACAAGUGUGAUGAACCCCAAUCCUCAGGACACUUACCCGGGACCUGCCCCUCCCAGUGUGAUCCCUGGCCGCCGUGGAGGUUUUCUGGAUGGUGAAAUGGACUCCAAAGGCCCUCCAGUUGAGCAGAACUUGCUAGAUGACAAACACUUGCUGAAGCCAUGGGAUGCUAAGAAGCUGACCUCGUCCUCCUCCCGACCUCGGUCCUGUGAAGUCCCUGGAAUUAACAUCUUUCCUUCUCCCGACCAGCCUGCCAAUAUGCCUGUCCUCCCGCCAGCCAUGAACACAGGAGGCUCUCUCCCUGACCUCACCAACCUGCACUUCCCCCCUCCACUACCUACCCCCCUGGACCCUGAGGAGGCUGCCUACCCUAGCCUGAGUGGGGGCAGCAGCACCUCCAACUUGACCCACACCAUGACCCACUUGGGCAUCAGUGGGGGCCUGGGCCUGGGCCCAGGCUAUGAUGCACCAGGACUUCAUUCACCUCUCAGCCAUCCAUCCUUGCAGUCCUCCCUAAGCAAUCCCAACCUCCAGGCUUCCCUGAGCAGUCCUCAGCCCCAGCUGCAGGGUUCCCACAGUCACCCCUCACUGCCUGCCUCGUCUUUGGCCCGCCACGCACUGCCUGCCACCUCCCUGGGUCACCCCUCGCUCAGUGCCCCAGCUCUCUCCUCCUCCUCCUCCUCCUCCUCCACUUCAUCUCCCGUGCUGGGUGUCCCUCCCUACUCAGCUUCCACCCCUGGGGCCUCCCCUCGACACCGCCGUGUGCCCCUCAGCCCCCUGAGUUUGCCCGCGGGCCCAGCCGACGCCAGAAGGUCCCAACAGCAGCUGCCCAAACAGUUUUCGCCAACAAUGUCACCCACCUUGUCUUCCAUCACUCAGGUGGGGAGCCGGGGCCUCGAACCAGAAUCCUUACAACAGUCCUUGCGCUUCGCGCCACAUGCACUUAAUGCGCUGCACUACUGCUGGACUCCCGCGAGAUGCAUUUUUGAGCGCCUAGCCCCAUGGGAACAUACUCAGGGCGUCCCCCUGGACACCAGUAAACUGCCCACUGACCAGCGAUUGCCUCCAUACCCAUACAGCCCUCCAAGUCUGGUUCUCCCCAACCAGCCUCCCACCCCCAAACCUCUCCAGCAGCCUGGGCUGUCCACUCAGGCCUGCUCAGUGCAGCCCUCAGGCGGACAGCCCCCAGGCCGGCAGCCGCACUAUGGAACACUGUACCCACCCAGCUCCAGCGGGCACGGGCAGCAGGCUUACCAUCGGCCCAUGAAUGACUUCAGCCUGGGUAGUCUGGAGCAGUUCAGCAUGGAGAGCACAUCAGCCAGCCUGGCGCUGGAUCCCUCCAGCUUUUCUGAAGGACCUGGGUUUUUAGGGGGUGAGGGACCAGUAAGUGGCCCCCAGGACCCCCAUCCCCUCAGCCACCAGCACUUGACCCACUACUCCCGCCAUGGCUCAGGGCCAAACAUCGUCCUCACAGGAGAUUCCUCCCCAGGUUUCUCCAAGGAGAUUGCAGCAGCCCUAGCUGGCGUGCCUGGCUUUGAGGUAUCAGCAGCUGGCUUGGAGCUGGGGCUGGGGCUGGAGGAAGAGCUGCGCAUGGAGCCACUGGGCCUGGAGGGCCUCAACAUGCUGAGUGACCCCUGUGCCCUGCUGCCCGACCCUGCCGUGGAGGAUUCAUUUCGCAGUGACCGGCUGCAGUGAAGCGACCUUGUCAACACCAUCCUCAGCCCUGCCCCCCCCCCCAUCACUUUCCCUUGCCUCUUUCCCCCCUGGCCAGUAGAGCUUCCACUCUCUGCCCCCCUCCCAGACCCUAGCCAGAUCCUCUUUUUAACAUACACGAGGGUUCCCAAGAAGAAGAAAAAGCAAGGAGUUUGUCUAUGUGGUCCCUGGAUUCUGCACAAGGGGUGGGCCUGGGGGAACUUGAGGGAGGGCCUAAAGCACUUGUAACUUUGAACUGUCUAUCUGGAGGUCAGAGCCAGUUGGAAAGCAGGGGGUGGAGGGGAGCUCCAGAGGCAGGGCAUGCUAGAUGCCCAGGGGUGGGCAGUGCCAGCCCCUCCUCACCACUCUUCCCCUUGCAGUGGAGGAGAGCCAGAGUGGAUAUUAUUUUUUAUUAAAAAUACUAUAUGUUAAUAAAAAAAAUCAUAUCAAA